AGGUUUAUAUACCCUCAAAUCUGAUUCAAACAUAGAUAAUUAUUCAUGAUAAAAAACACUAAAAACGAUUCGGGAAACCGGAUUGAGCCGAAAUCCAAAUUCAGCCCCAAACUUGUAAAUAUUGGAAGCUUAUGGCAGCUCGAAGCGAACUGACCCAAAAAUCUAACCCAACCCAACUCAACCCAGCGAACUUGUUUUCUCCUGAUCUCAACCAACUGUACAAGUUUAGUGCGUUUUCCUCGUCGCUUGCUCUCUCUGCAGAAAUAAUAAAAAUUUAUAAAAGAAAUUUCCUAAUGUGUCUGCACUUUUCAGGGCGACAAACACUCUCUCCAACAACGUUUUACUCAUUCUUCUAAGCUUGAGCUGACCGCCCUCCACGAAUCUAACCCAACUUUCUCGCUUCACUUCUUUAACCUGUUAACACUGCAAUUUGGGUUGAACUAACCAAGUGGCUGCUUUUUAUUUUCCUGAAUUUUGAACGUGGGUAUUUUUCACACUUCCCAAAUUGCCUAGUCCCCCCGCCCUCUAAUGGAGUCGAAGGCAGGGACGACGGAAACCAGAUCCAACAUAACGGCGUCGGACGGGGACCAAGUUGCGGCACUCGAAUCCCUACAAUUUACAGACGAAUUCCACCGUUUAAUCUUGGCUCCGCCAUCUGACAAUGCGACUUCUCUCACGGCUCUUCUUGAACUCCCGGCUUCACGAGCCCUUGAGCUUCUUCACUCUCCGGCUUCGGCUAAGCUUAUCGCUGCUUCGGCUUCUAGCUUUGAAGCUUUAAAAGGAAACUUUCUUUUUCCCUCUAAUACCACUUUGAUUGAUCAAGCUGCGAGGUCCUCUGUGUUUGCUGGAGGGGUUAACAACACCAAUAACAAGAGCAACGCGCCUGAAACGACGUCGAACAAUGCAACCUUGAAUCUUGAGAAAGCAGUGAAGAGUGAGCCGGCGGAGACCGAGUCAUGUCAGCCGUUGGUUUCUGACCCAGCGGUGGAGAAGCGGAAUUUCAAGAGAAAGGAUCGCGAAAAGAAGGCUAAAGGUUCAACGAAGAAAAGCAAAACUGCGGCGAAUGAUAGCUCAGAUGGCCCUGAAAAGCUUCCCUAUGUUCACGUUAGAGCUCGCCGGGGAGAAGCAACGGAUAGCCAUAGCUUAGCAGAGAGAGCAAGGAGAGAGAAGAUUAAUGCACGAAUGAAGCUACUACAGGAGUUGGUACCUGGUUGCAAUAAGAUUUCUGGUACAGCUUUGGUGUUGGAUGAAAUCAUCAAUCAUGUGCAGUCCCUACAAAAUCAAGUGGAGUUCUUAUCAAUGAGACUUGCUGCUGUGAACCCGAGAACUGAUUUCAACCUCAACAGUAUAUUCACAACGGAAAGCGGAUCUCUACCGGACAGUAACUUCCCCAGUAUGGUUAUGCCUCUAAUAUGGCCUGAGGUUCAAGUCAAUGGCAACAAGCAACAGCAUCAGCAGCAAUGGCAAUUUGAUGCACUUCAGCAGCCUGUUUGGGGGAGAGAAGUCUGCAAUAAUUACAUCACUCCAGAGAACUCACUUUUAAGUUAUGACUCCUCAGCAAAUUCAGUAGCAGAGGUUGAACUAUUCUCUUCAAAUGGUCAAUGGACAACCAACAAGCAACGUUGCAUGCAAAUCAAACUGAAAAUGGAGCUAUGAAGUCUGAAGAAGUUCCAUCGGUUAGACUUGUGGAAAGAUUGUUGUAGUUGUAGCUAGUAUUGUAUAUAUAUCAAGUAUUAGAAAAUAGCAGGAAGUAAAGGAGAGACUCCUAUCAUUUAUCUCUUGGUUUCCAUGUCAUAUAUUUACUCAGAGUUGGUUGGAAACCUUGGGAUUCCUCAGGACCAGAGACAAGAAAGUCUCAGUAUGCUGUUACUACUAUUAUAUACAUAUAUAUAUUAAUUACUAUAUAUACUAAACUCAAAAGUCCUUCAAUUAAUACUUCAUUUGCGGGGUAGAUUGAUUCAUAUUGUAAAAUCAUAGAACGAACUAUGGUUACUAUUAUGAAAGAUAGUUUCUUUUGUUCAA